AACUUGUGAGUGUGCCCCUCCAUGGUAUUUUUUACCAACAGUGGUUUGAUGACUUCGUUGCAGCUGUUUGACAUCCCUGUACUGCCAAUCAACUCAGACUCACCAUGGCUCCUCUCCUUUGUCACUACUGAUCUUGUUGGAGGCAGCGGGGAGAGAGGCAGGCAAUACCAUGGCAUUUUAACACAUCCAGUACAAGAAUCUCUACAAGCAAGUGUGCCGUCGCCCCAUGCUUCAAAAGCACAGGAGUCUGUCGGAGGCAGGGCACCAGCCUUUCAAAGUAUUUCACCUGUUAGUAGGGUACAAGGUACACCAGACACUUCAGAAUUAGCAAGAACCUUCCCUCAGAAAUACAGAAGGAAACUUAUGUCAGAUGAAGAGAUUGAAUAUAUUCAACGUGGAGGUCCGGAAUAAGCGCGGAAGACAAGUUUGUCCCCGCUGCUGGAGGACGAAGCGUUGUGUUCACCGCAAAGGCGUUUCCUUAGCGUUGCAAACGAUUGUAUACUGGUAGCUUUAACAAAACCCCUGUGCGAGGGGCGGGAGGGCAGGCAUGACACCCCUCGCACGUUUCAGUCGAUGGCUAACUAGAUGCCGGCGCACCAUUAAAAUAUUUUUCUAAUUAGCCAUUCUACAAA